CAGGCAAUCCUGGCUAUAUAAUUCAAACAUUUCCUUUCACACAUUUGUACACUGCGAACAGUUUACACACAUUUCGUCACACUGAAAACAUGUGGAGUGUUCAGGCCUUGGUGGUGCAUCUGCUGCUGCUCGGUUCCAUCCUGAGCAUCUACUUUCAAUCGACUGUCUUGUCAGAUCUGGAACCUUUGAGUAGCCUGCGCGAAUUGGGCUUGGAACCGCCGGCGGAUCGACUGGUGGUGUUUGUGGUCGAUGGACUGAGGGCGCAAUCUGUUUUGGCGGACAACUGCAGUUCGGUUCCUGACCUCCGGGAGCUGUUCAUUGACCAGGCACUAGUUGGCAUCUCGCGGGCAUGCCCACCGACAGUAACCCGACCGGGACACAUCGCCAUCUUUGGCGGCUUCAAUGAAGAUCCUGCUGCGGCCCUCACCAACUUUGGCUGGAAUCCGUCCACUUUUGAUACCGUCUUCAAUAGGAGCAGGAACGCCAUUGGCUGGACGCAGGAUGUGGUUGCCAGAAUCUUCACUCACUUGCCCACCGGUGGAGCGCCACUGCGUUUCGAAACCUUCGCCAGGUCGGACAUUUCGGGCAGACUCAGGUUGGAUCAGUGGGUGUUCGAUAAGGUGCGCAACUACCUGACCAAUGAGCAAAAUGUGCAGCCAUUGCGCAAUGCCAGCUCGGUGGUCUUCUUUGUCUAUCUAGCCGAUAUCGAUCUCGCCGGACACGCCCUCACGCCCUACGGCUCGAACUUCCGGGGAAAGCUUAACUACACCCAACGCGGCAUCCGGCAGACCUAUGAACUCUUCGAAAGCGUUUUCAAUGACAGUCGCACCGCUUACCUGAUGACCUCGGAUCAUGGGAUGAGUGAUGCGGGUCAGCACGGUGGUGGCGGAGAUCGCGAGGUGGAAACCCCUUUCAUACUCUGGGGAGCUGGUGUUAAACGCUUGGCGCCGGAUCCCGUCCAGAACUUCACGGCCAGUGAGAAUGGUCCCACCUUGCCACUGUACCAGUUGGAACAGACGCAGCUGGCGCCACUUAUGUCCGCUUUGAUUGGCCUCCCUCCACCCAUGAACAACAUGGCCCUGAUGCCACUUGGAUUCCUGAACACCAGUGUUCAGUACGAGCUGCAGGCUCUCCACCUGAAUACGAUGCAGUUGCUGGCGCAGGCCAGGAUUCUGAUAAAGCGACAUGAGGACGGUAUUAUGUAUCAGUGCCUGCCCAAAUUCGAAAGUCUGGGCACGGCAGAGAUAGAAAACUAUCCGCAGAGAAUGAAGUAUCUGGUGGCCCAGGAGCACUACGACCAGGCCUUUAAGGUGAGUCAGCAAAUAGCCAAGGUAGCUCAGCAAUGCAUGGAAUACUACCACGGGUACUAUCACCUGCCCCUGCUGGUGGCCACCACUGCCUCCUACUUGUUGUGGUUCUACCUGCUGCUGGUGCGACUUACACGGGAGUCCAUCCAGCCGAAAUCGGAGCGUAAGGGCUACUUUACGUGGAUCACUUUGAUGAUGUGCUUGGGCGGAUUGGCGCUCCUGGAACUAAUGAUACUGCAAAGGGUGCCCCACUUGACCACCUUCUAUCUGCUUCUGCCCUUUGGUAUCCUCAUCCUGGCCCUGGCUGAACGUCCCUGCCAAGACAAUGGGCUACUAUGCCAGUUCCCGGUGCUUCACCUGGUCGGAAUCGUUGUACCCGGUGCUCUGCUGAUCUUGAUGGCCUUCCACAAGAGUCACAUUGGGCUGCUCUACUUCGCGGUGGUGUGCCUCAAUAAUCGCAGAGCCUUCUUCAGACCCUCCUUGAAGCUAAUUUUCUGGCUUGUCCUUGUCAUCCUGCUGAGUGGUAUCCUGAUGGUGAAGCAGAACUCAAGCCUGCACUUUAUCACCGAUGAGAUUGGUGCUUAUAUUGGAAACAGCCAUGUGGUCUACUUCAGUAUGGUGUUAUCCGUCAUUCGUCCUCUGAUUCUGCGGCAUCAACACGCCAAACGCGUUUGGAUCAUCAACAUGGCCGCCCUACUGGCCACUGCAUACGGAACCUAUCAAUGGGAUGCGGAUCAGCCAGUCUGCACCUAUGUUUAUGUGGCAUGCUGGUCAUACCUCGUCUUCGCCUUUCUAUCAAUCCCAUAUAGUGGGACAAAGGAACUGAGGCGUCGCUUGGAGCUGAUAACCUUCAAUAUGCUGACGGUGCACAUAAUGCUGACCACCUCCAUCGGUUCGCUCUUCGUUCAGAUCAUGGUCACCGAGUUUGUGCUAGGCCUGGAGCUCUACGAAGAGAGCAUCAGGUACUCAAAUCUUAAGGAUGUGAACACAGAGCAGGAUGACAACCAAGGAGCAGAGGAGCAGUCACCGCAUGAGAGACCUGUGAGUCCGCUGGAGCACUUGAGGCAAUCCUAUCGCUAUGCGGCACUGAUUCUGCUGUACUUCUACGUAUCCUUCUUUGGAACUGGCCACUGGUUCUUCAACUUCACAUUCAAAGCCAUUACAUCGCGACUUUUCUUCCCACAAUUCCAGCUGCACAUGAUUGCGGCUUUUAUUCUGCUUAAGAUAUUCAUACCAUCAAUCAUCGUCAUAUCGAGCAUAUACGCCCUGGUAUCCUUUGGCCGAAAGCAUGUCCGGUCCAUCUUCAUCUGCCUGUUCCUGAUGAACGACUCCAUGAGCUUGUACUUCUGCUACUUUGUGAACAAUCGAGGCUCCUGGCAGAAAGUGCGAGAAUCCUUAGAUCGCCUCCUGGUGUCCCACGUCUUUAUCAUCCUGCUGCUUGUUUGCUCCUGGAUCGCCAAGGGUUUCCUUGCCAACACCAAGGAGGAGAAGCCUAUGCCCAGAGCUCAAGUCCAGACUCUCACCAAUGAUGCCAACCUAGUUCAGGACAGUCGGGUUUAGAUUAGUCCGGAUGAUGUGCCAAAUUAUCAAGCUGCAUUUUAUCUUUAUUUAAAUAUGUUUGUCCUGAAUAAAUAGCAGUUUGUAUACCAGUAAAAA